AUGCUUCGAAAGGCUGCCAAUGAUUCAAUCGUUGCUUUGGAUAACCUUGAUCAUACGGCAAUUCCAAGUAACAGGCGUUCUCGUCGCGGUCGUAGAGCCAGUCAAGCUUCUACAACUGAAAAUGUAGAUGAGCCAUCGGUGAUGUUUCGUGAUGUUGUGCCUCCUGAAGAAGGUGAAGAUUCUGACGAUGAAGACGUAACUUCUGCUGCUGCAACUGGUGCGCAUGCUACUGGUGCGCAUGCUGGUGCGCGUGCUGGUGUUCGUUCUCGUGCUGGUGCUAGUUCUUGUGAACAGCUUAAUGGUACUUCCAUUCCAUACGCCAAGACAGGUGGCCCUCUGUGCAAUCGUUUGAAAACACACUUGAUCAUUCACUUGUUUAACAAGUACAUUCGGGCAAUAAUCAUGAAAACGUACAAGCAAAACCCCUCUCGUGACUUGGCCCUGAUCAAUGGUCGUGCGCUGUCUUUGAGGAAUGUCGCGAUGGGUUGUUACUUGGACAAUGAUGCGAAGUCUUGUGGUUCCAAGGUGAGGGAAUGGUUUAGUCGUUUUGGUCAAAAAAUGUACUUUAACGCAAACCGUGAGUAUGGUAGUGCUGCAUACAUCGCCGGUAGGAGAGUCGCUUUUAACAUGGUGGCUGUCUUUGAUCUCGAUCUUGGCGAAGGUGGGAAACGUCGUUUACUUGGAAAGGUUGUGCUGAAACGCCGUGAUCUCGUCGAACUGGAGGUUUAUACGCUUGUUGAAAAACCAGUGCAAGUGCUUUCUAACAACGCAAGCAUCUUCACAAACUACCAGGUGGACGAUGGUGGCAAUCUUGUCGCGGUCAAAUCGGACGAAACUCUAAGUACGCUGGUGUCCAAGCUGGUUGCUGUUGAUCUAUUGGACAUGUCGCAUUCAACUGUGAUAAAUGAUGUUCAAUACUCAAUAAUUAACAGGUGUAAGUUUGGUACUCUUUGGUGGUUCCAUAAUACGGACAGAAAUUUCGAAAUGUUGAAAAACGAUUCUCAAGAUUAA